AUGGCCAAGAAGAGCUCCCUCUUCAAUACAAACCCUGUUACCGCCAAGAACUUUGCGGGCACAUCUUUCAAAUACUACCCAACGCCACGAAGCUCGGCAGAAUCCCAACCACAGAGCAUCCGCCGAGAGAGACGACGCACAGAGAAAGGUAGACGACCGGCCAUGGCAACGAGAACCGUAUUGACGACGCCGACUCGGCUCCUCAAGCUGAUCAUACCGAUGCCUUUCCACCCAAAACAGAAAACGAUCGAUCCCGAGAACGAGGCGAACGAAGACCAAUCCACGGGCACCGAGAAAGUUGAGCCGCUUGCCCUUCUUGUGCACCCACAGCAGCCUCUCUCCUACGUGGAACGACUGAUUCAAGCCGAAAUCCCACCCCUCAUUGCUGACGGGCGGGAGAAGCUUCCUGGGAUAGUGUUUCGAGCCGAGGCGGAACAGGAUAAGGACCAGGAAAAAGCAAACCGAAAUGGAGACAAUGUCGCUACUUACUCUGGCCUUGGCCACGAAGGUCCUGGUAACAAGGGCCACGUCAACUGGGUGCGGUGGAGUGGCAGCACUGAGGUGGGCGACUUUAUUCGAGACGCCGCCCGUGGCCGCGAGUUCGAGAUCGAGAUUGAAGGGUGCCCCCAGGAGCUCAGGAUCCGCGUGCCUAGCUUCAAUGAUCGAACAUACUAUAUGCGGAUGAGUCUGAGAAGGAUGUCACGCCGGGUCGACCGUAUGGCCAAGAUCAAGAACGAGUGUGAUCAGAUAGCACACAGAAGUGCUCAUCGAAUCGCCCAGGGAGGGUUUGCAGCCUUGGUAGGCUGGUGGGCAGUGGUCUACUAUGUGACCUUUCACACUGAGAUGGGCUGGGACCUAGUCGAGCCCAUUACCUACCUGGCGGGCUUGACCACCAUCAUGGGUGGAUAUCUCUGGUUUCUUUACAUAAGCCGAGACCUUAGCUACAAAGCUGCCAUGAAUAUCACGGUGUCCAGGAGGCAGCAUGCUCUGUAUCAGGAGAGAGGAUUUGACCAGCAGACCUGGGACCAAUUGAUACAGGAGGUUAACCUGCUUCGUAGGGAAGUCAGGAUCGUUGCGAGUGAGUAUGGAGUGGAGUGGGACGAGACUAAAGACUUGGGUGGCGAGGAGGUGAAGGAGGUCUUGGAGCAAGAGAAGAACAAGAAUAAGCGGAGGGACGACGACGAUGAGGACGAGGAGGGCGGACAUAACGACAAAGGUGAUAAUACCUCGGAGAAGGAAAAGUCGCCCGAAACGAAGAAGGCCGGGAAUUGA